AGAUAUAGUGAAUGCAGGGUCCGGGGAGACCAGAUAUAGUGAAUGCAGGGUCCGGGGAGACUAGAUAUAGUGAAUGCAGGGGUCCUGGGAGACCAGAUAUAGUGAAUGCAGGGUCUGAGGAGACCAGAUAUAGUGAAUGCAGGGUCCUGGGAGACCAGAUAUAGAGAAUGCGGGGUCCAGGGAGACCAGAUAUAGUGAAUGCAGGGUCCUGGGAGACCAGAUAUAGUGAAUGCAGGGUCCUGGGAGACCAGAUAUAGUGAAUGCAGGGUCCGGGGAGACCAGAUAUAGUGAAUGCAGGGUC